AUGGAAAGUGAAACAGGAAAUUUUUCUUCUUCAAAUAUUCCUUAUAGUUUUGAACAUUCGAAAAAUAUUAGUAAAAAAAUUCUUAAACCAAUACGCCAAGAGAAAAUAGUUAAAGUACCUGUGACUCAGUAUGUAGAAAAGAUAAUAGAAAAAGAGCAAAUAAAAUACGUGAAUAAAUAUGUAGAUGUUGUAAAACCAGUUAUAACAUACAAAACAAAGCACAUACCAAAACCCAUAUAUUUAGAUAAAAUUAAAUAUGAGCCCAAAUUAAUAGAAAAAGAAAAAAUUAUACACAUUCCAAAAAUAGAAUAUAGAAAUAAAGUUGUAGAAAUUCCUGUUUAUAUUCAUAAAGAAAAAAUAAUAGAAAAAAAAGUUCCUUUAGUAAUUGAACGUGUUGUUCCAGUUCUUAAAAUUAAAAGAAUUGAAAAAGAAAUUUUAACUAACACAGUGGAAAUUCCUGAAACUAGUGAAAUAUCAAAAAAUGAAACGAAUAUAAAAAUUUCGAAAAAUGCUCAUGAUCUAAACAAAGAAGUUUUAAUUAAAAUUCCAAUAAAAAAAAAUACUUGCUCAUCAGAUUUAAAAAACAGUAAAGAAGAUGUUUACGUUCCAGAAACAUGUAGACAAUAUGAAUCAUUAAAUGAGCCUAUUAUGUAUUCACCUAUGCAAGUAUCUCCAAAAAUUGAUCAUUUUAAAGGUCAUAAAUUAAAUAGUGAUAACAGCAAUACUACUUCUGAUAAAGAUUCAUACAUGAAACGUUUAGAUCAUAAAAACGAAACUGGAUAUCACGAUGCUACCAAUGAUGAUGUAAAUUAUGAUGUAAUAGCAGACAACGAAAAUAGAAUAAAUGAUGCACAGAUUAAUUCUAAGGAAUAUAUUAAAAGUAUGGAAGAAAAUUAUUAUGAUAUAGAUGAACGACGUAAAGGUUUUAAUACUACUCAUGUAAGUAUUCAUUUACCUACAACACAAAAUGCGGUACAAGAGUCAGUUGAGCAAAGUUAUUUGAAUUCCUACAACAAUGACUGCAAUAUAUCUAUGAAUCACAUAAUAGAUAUUAAACGUAGUAAUGAUAACGAUAGCAUAUCUAGAAGAUACAAUGAGGAUAAUAUAAAUACAGUUAUUAAUGAAAAAUUAAUUCAUGAAUCUUGUAAUGGCUCCAGGAAGCAGUCUUCAAUACUAAUACAAGGAAAUAUACCUGGAAGUUAUCAUACUUUUACAAAGGAUCAUACUGAAGUGGAGCAAAAAUAUGUUAAUCCAUCAAAUAUGCACAUUUCUUAUGAAAAUUAUGCUUCAUCACAAAACAUAUACGGACAACGAUCAGUUCCAAGCAAAUCAAAUUUUAAACCAUCUUAUGCUAAUAGUAAUGGACAAGCAAUUGUAUCAGUACGACCUGCAACAAUUGUAGAAUUUAAGCCAAAACAAAGAAAAAAUAAAACAUCACUUUGUAAUUUUAUGAAUAAUUGUUGUGGUGGUAAUGAUUUAUAA